AUGUUCCAAACUAGGAACAUAACAAAAGCAAAACAUGUGAUUAGACCACAUGUGCUCAGACCAACUGACAGUGGAAGAACUAGAUUUAAAUUGUAUAUCAGAUUUAGAUUCUACCAUGGUCGUACUGGUCGCGUCUGGAACGUUACCAAACGUGCCGUUGGUGUCGAAGUCAACAAACAGAUUGGAAACAGGAUCAUAAAGAAGAGGCUUCAUGUGCGUGUGGAGCAUGUGCAGCAGUCUAGAUUUGCGGAGGAGUUCAAACUGAGGAAGAAGAAGAACGAUGAGCUCAAGGCUGCAGCUAAAGCUAGAGUCGAGACGAUAAGCACCAAAAGGCAGCCUAAAGGACCCAAACCAGGAUUAAUGGUUGAAGGUAUGACCUUGGAGACCGUCACUCCUAUCCCCUACGACGUCGUCAACCACCUCAAGGGUGGCUAUUAG